CCAUCUUCUCCCUCUUCUUAACAACUCUCUUCCCAAUUAAUCCUUUCUCUUCCCUCAUCUUCUUUUCCCCCUCCCCCCCCCUCCCACCUCAAUUCGCUCAACUUCUCUCAAUCCUCCUUUCGUUCCCCCUAUCGACCUCAAUCGGACCUUCUUCUCCCUUUGCCGACCGUAUCUAUCCCUCCACGCUCACGUCCUGUCGCCUCGUUACUCUCUUCAUCACCGUCACCACUACUUCGCCUCUAUUCCGCUUCGCUCUCUUACUUCGGAUUAUUAGGUCCACCUUGCUGUUCGCCCACGCUCUUUCUUCGUUCACUAUAUUCUCAUUUCCUAGAAGAGAGCACCCAAUCUACCGAUUUCCAAAUCAAGCGUGGUCGAGCACCAGCUUUCGCGCGCAUCUGCUGGUGUAUUUGACCACGGGUCUACCUGUCCGCCACGGCCCCCGAAGAUGACGAGCAGAACCCCCAGAAAUCGAGUGCUACCGCUAUGAGUGAUGUCGAGGCUGUCUCCUCCCUGCCAGCUUCCCUGGAUGCCGGACAAAACGGUCUUGCUGCCAAGGUGAACCACCAGUCUACCUCGGGUCCGCUAUCUCCCAAGAGAGCCCUCUCACCCGUGCCUCGGAGGGAGUAUCAUCCGAUCAAAGAGGUAGACCCUGCUGUCGGGGACAGUGAUGGGCCCCCUAGCCCCAAGGCUGACUCGGAGGCAGAAACCAUUAUCCAAUCGGGCCGUGAAUCAUUAUCGCCUGAAAAGAGACGGAAGUACAUAAAACAUGAACCGAAACGACGUGAUGAUGGAAAUGACCAUGUUGAUGCGGCAGAGGGCGAUCUCCCUCCCAACGAUUUGCAAGUGAGAAAGAGGAAGUUGGUGGAUGGCGACGUUAUCAGUGAACGCGACCGUCAUGUGCGCCCGGCGAGUCCUCUCCGUCGGACAGGGUCACCACCCCAUGUGAAAGUCGAAAAGACCGAUGAGCCCCAAUCUGUCUCGAGUCGACUUGAAUCAUCGCACCCUGCAUCUUUUGUUCCUAGGACGUCGAGAAAACGCAGCUUUAGUGAAAGUGUCGACGGAGAGGGAGAUGUCCGUCGAAACGCUCGCCCGCACCACCCAGCUCCUUCCCGGGAUCGAGAACGACGCGAGCUGAAUGGUGUGAUGUUACCCCGCCCCGCGUCAAUCGACCGUUCCAUAUCACCUGUCCGUUCGCACAAGAGAACAGCUUCUGGUCACCAGCUGGGUAGCGAUUUGCAGCGGAAGCGGAAAGCUCCUACCCCGCUUCUUCCUGGCGUGCAAAGGCAAAGUUCCGAAGAUCGGCAGUCGGUGUCUUCCUCAACAAGCGGAUCUCCUAUGCCCAGUGCCCACAUUCGAAAGGUGGCCUCUGUCGAUGGGGCAUCUGCUUCCCCUGCCAGACCCACGGGUCACAAAAAGCAACGCGAUCAGAAUGGACGCACUCGCCUCGCUCGUGCAUGUGCUGCACAGGAACUUGAGGCGGCAAUCGCUCGACAUGCAGAACGACCGGAGGACCUCAAUGUCGCCGACAAUGCUGGUAACACGCCACUUCAAAUCGCCGCCUUGGAAGGCUGCGCGUCCAUUGUGAAGUUCCUCCUCGAAGCCGGAUGUGAAGUCGAGACCCGAAAUAUCGAUCGUGAUACUCCGUUGAUAGACGCCGUUGAAAAUGGCCAUCUCGAUGUCGUUAGGUUGUUGCUCCAGGCUGGUGCAAAUCCGCGUUCCGUCAAUGCUGAAGGCGAUGAGCCAAGCGAUCUCAUUCCGUCGGACUCGGAAGAUUACGAUGAGAUUCGUCGUGUGUUGGAGGAAGCAAAAGCGCAUCCACGCCCCAGCCGUCGCUCUGAGGAACAGACUGGAUCUGGCACCAGGGAGACGUCUUCGCGGCGAGUGACGGUGGCUAGCCCUCGAGAAUCACCCCCGGUAAACGGACAACGCAGCCCGCCCUACUUUGCCAGUACAAACAAACGCAAGAGCGUCAGAAGCGAGGCUACCCGGAAUGAUCUGUUAUGGACCAAAGCUACGCCAGAGAAUUUACAAGCCUUCGCCGCCAAGGGUGAUAUCGCUGGUGUUGCUAACAUUCUCAAUGUCGGCCAACGGGCAGAUGCUGAGUCGAUGAUCGCAGCGGCCAAGGGUGGUCACGAUGAAGUCUUGUCUCUUCUGCUGGGAAUGGGAGAUGCCGAUCCGGACCCGGAUCCAGUCCAGGGCGGCUCCCACAAGUUUGGAUACAACACGCCUAUGCUGGCUGCGAUCGGAAGAGGCAAUCUUCCCGUGAUCAAACUCCUGCUCGACCAACCCAGCUUCAACCCCUCGCGACGACUAUAUAAGGAUCGCACUUAUUUUGAGUUAUCUCGAGAACGCAGAGCGGACAACUGGGAGGAAGAAUAUGAUCUUCUUCGCGACGCCUAUGACAACUAUGUACGGAACAGGAAGCAGCGUAAAAGCGACAUCUCAUCUCCGAGGAGGGUACGUGACAAGGACCGCGAGUCCAAGCGAUCUGGACGGAAAGACUCUCCCUCCCCAGGGGGCAAGCAUCGGAAACAGCUUGGAAGUCCAGUUCGUCGGGACUCAUCCAAAGAUGCACCCAUGAAAGAGCGCAAACGAGAAGCGAUGAUGCAUACGAAAGAGAAGCCUGGCCCUCCUCGUGCCAAGGUGGGACACGUUGCCACGCCUGAUCACGACGGUCCUCGUUCCGAUAUACCCAGGUCGAAGGUAGUGCUGACCAAGGAUGGAGACUCUAGCCGGGGCGAAGAGCCUCCCAAGAGAAGACGCUUGAUCGCAGGACGGCCACCUGAUCGCGAUCGCAGGAGGCCUAGCAUUCCUUCUUCAGAUUCCAUGUCCGGCCGUGAGGAAGCUCCUAAAUCACGCCCUGAUCAUUCAGAACUCGUCACGACCAAGCCUGUACCGCCUCCCGUGAAGCGUGGACGCAGCAGCGUCAGUCCCGAGCGACCUAGGUCUCGCGGGUCCGACGCUGACCGGAACCCUCGCGAAGUCUUAAAGAAGAAGCGACGAGUACUGUCGGAAGAUGGAUCGCCCAACAUCACUAACGGAAACCCCAAGAGGAGUCACCCUGCUGUGGAGGAUCUGAAGCUUCCUCGUCGCAAAGAUGAUAGCCAUAUUGCACCUCAACCUCGGCGAGAUCAAUCGCGGGAACGAGAUCUCUCCACCAAGGCUGUCGAAAGAAAGCAGGUAAAGGAGGAGCAAGAGAAGCCUGACACUCUUGAACUCGAGGAUAUCCCAAUGGAUGACUCGAUCAGUCUUGCUCAGGCUGAGGCUGAAGCGGCUGCGCUCCGGGAAAAGCACGCUCAGGAGAAACAAGCUCUAGAGAAGCUAGCUCAGGAGAAACUAGCUCAAGAGAAACUAGCUCAAGAGAAACUAGCUCAAGAGAAACUAGCUCAAGAGAAACUAGCUCAAGAGAAACUAGCUCAAGAGAAGCAAGCUCAGCGAGAGAGGCAAGCUCGCGAAGAGGAAGAAGCACGCCUUGCUGCUGAAGCGGAAAAAGCCCGCCUGGAGAAAGAAGAGCAGGAACGCGCAGCGCGGGAGGCCCGUAUUGCCCAAGAGAAAGCCGCGGAAAAGGCUGCAGAGGAAGAGCGGAAGCGGAAAGAGGAGGCAGAGCAGCGGCGAAUGAAACAGGCUGAAGAAGAGCGACAGAAGCGGCUUGAACAGGAACGACAGCGACUCGCCAAACUGCGCAAAGAGCAGGAAGAACAAGAACAGCGUCGACGAGACGCUCUACCCAGCCGACUUCGAGUUGCAGCCAACCUUGUUGGAUCCGAUGAUCCGCAAGCUAAGAGCCAUGCAUGGCUGCGGAAGUUCAUGCCUGUUGUGACCGCUGAGACAAGACAACUCGACCCGUCUUGCGCCUCGGAAGUGGCAGAGGAUCGAUGGAUUCCGAACUACCUGGUUGCACCCUUGCUGGCGACGAACGAUCUUCAACUAUCGCAAUAUGCCAGUUGGGAGAAGCGCGUCGCAACUCCUACCCAGCGGACGAACCUGUGGCGAGUCACGCGAAGGAUGCUUGUUGAAGCAGACGAGACCGAAUUUCUCAGUUCGUCAUUCGGACAGAUCAUGCAACGGGAUAGCGAAGCACGGCCUAAGUACUUCGACAUGGCGCAUGUAUUUUGGCUGAAGCUCUCCGAUUUCAUGGAUCUCGUCCCCCACAUUCCGCACCUUCACGGGCUUGACAUUCAAUUGCUCAAGAUGCACAUUGAUCAAGAGCCUAAGACGCAACCUACUUUCGAAUUGCCGCAGGCCAAUGGACAUAUCUCGGGGCCACAUAUUGAGGAAGGCCCCGGGUUACUAGGAGGAAACGGGUUGACUAAUGGCUAUGGGCACAGCCGGCCCAGUACAUACGUCUAAUUGUUCUUUCAGCUUCAGCGAUCAUUUAGCUUGGCGCUAGCUUGUACAGGUGAAAACUUGAUGUACGACUAUGAUACCUGAUGUGUUAUGCUUGGAUAGCGUGAUAUCAUGAUAUCCCGAAAUUCUUUACCAA